CCUUUUACGAGUAACUUUUUUUCUUUUCUGAAAAAAAUGAGAGAAGAUGGAAUUGUCAGCUGCAGUGCAGGACUUGCUUACAGAACUUGAACGGCGUCGUUUUAUUCUUCUCCUUCUCCUUCUCGUCUUCUGCAUCUUACAGGCCUUCGAAUUACAGCUUCACGAAUUCCCCAGGUUAUUUCAUCAUAUGGUUUUGGAUGAUUAUUUAGCUCUUAGUUUUCUUAUUGCACAUCUUGAUGGAUCACCCACGAUCAUCCUCUGGGCCUGGUGAAGAUAAUAUUGGGAUCCCUGAUGAUUUGCGGUGUAAGAGGUCCGAUGGGAAACAGUGGAGAUGCACUGCAUUGUCUAUGCCUGAUAAGACUGUGUGUGAAAAGCACUACAUACAGGCGAAGAAGAGGGCUGCAAAUUCUGCAAUGAGAGCCAACAUGAAAAAGGGAAAGAGAAAAUCAAUGGAUGAAAAUGAUGUAUAUUCGGAGAGUAAAAGUGAUGAUAUGGAUUUACCAGCUGAGAACCAGAAACUUGGGGAUUAUUCUGGUUCAAUCUCUGGGAAGAAGCACAAAGAAAAAGGCCCAAAGAAUCAGAUGAAUUAUUUUUCUGAAACACCUCAAAGCAAGAUGUUUUUAGCUCGCGGUAUGAAGUCUACUGAUGAUCUAGACAUGGAAGAUGUACAGUAUGAUGAAAGCCGAAGAGGUUACCGGACGCCACCCCCUUCUGGUAUGGAAUCUUCCAGAAGCAGAUCGCAGAAGAUGUUUGAUUCCAGUCCCACAGCGGAAACUUCUGAAGGGAGCUCCAAUUCUUCUGAUAAUACAGGGGGGCAACCUUGUCAUCAAUGUAAGCGGAAUGAUCACCGAGUAAUUUGGUGCCUUAGAUGUGAUAGAAGGGGAUACUGUGAAAGCUGCAUUUCAACUUGGUACUCCAACAUGCCAGUGGAAGAGAUACAGAGGAUUUGUCCUGCGUGUCGUGGUAGUUGCAAUUGUAAAGUGUGUAUGCGGGGAGACAACUUGUUAAAGGUUAGAAUAAGGGAGAUACCUGCACAAAACAAAUUGCAGUAUCUCUAUUCCCUUUUAUCAGCAGUUCUUCCAGUUGUUAAGCACAUUCAUAAUCAGCAGUGCUUUGAGGUGGAACUAGAAAAAAAACUUCGAGGAAAUGGAAUGGAUCUUGGCCGGACUAAAUUGAACGCAGAUGAGCAAAUGUGCUGUAAUUUCUGCAGGAUACCCAUUGUUGAUUAUCAUAGACACUGCUCAAAUUGCUCAUAUGACCUCUGCCUUAGCUGCUGCAAAGAUCUCAGAGAUGCAACCAAGCUUGUUCAGGAUGACAGGGGUAAGCAGUUCCUGGGAAGAGCUGAUUGCAGAGAAACCACGUCAAAGGAAGUGAAAUUGUCAAACGUUCAUCUAAAUAUACUCAGAAAGCUUUCUGAUUGGAAAGCAGAUAGUAAUGGCUCCAUACUCUGUCCACCAAAGCAAUAUGGGGGCUGCAGUUCCUCAGUCUUAUCAUUGAAACGAAUCUUCAAGAUGAAUUGGGUAGCGAAACUGGUGAAAAAUGUCGAAGAAAUGGUUAGUGGAUGUAAAGUAGGUGAUUCUGGCGAUCUAGAGAAUACCUCUGAAGGGAAGUUGUUCCAGGCUGCUCAUAGAGAGAAUGGUGAUGAUAACUUUUUGUACCAUCCAUCUUCUGAAGAUAUUAGAAGUGAAGGGAUUGAGGACUUCAGAAAGCAAUGGAGCAGAGGUAAACCUGUUAUCAUCAAGGAUAUAUAUGAUGUAUCAUCGAUGUCAAACUGGGAUCCAAUUGAGAUAUGGAGAGGGGUAAGGGAGACAACAGAGGAGAAAACAAAAGAUGAUAACAGAACUGUGAAGGCCAUUGAUUGUUUUGAUUGGAGUGAGAUUGAUAUUCAGAUUGGUCAAUUCAUCAGAGGAUACUCAGAGGGAAGAAUUCAUGAGAAUGGUUGGCCAGAAAUGCUCAAAUUGAAAGAUUGGCCUUCUCCUAGUGCUUCAGAAGAGUUCUUGUUGUACCAGAGACCUGAGUUUAUUAGUAAACUUCCUUUACUUGAAUUCAUCCACUCCAAGUGGGGUCUUCUAAAUGUAGCUGCAAAAUUGCCUCAUUAUUCCCUGCAGAAUGAUGUUGGUCCUAAGAUUUUUAUUUCUUAUGGGAUGUAUGAAGAACUUGGUAGAGGUGAAUCAGUAAACAAUCUGCAUAUCAACAUGCGUGACCUAGUAUUCCUUUUGGUUCAUAUCAGUGAGGUCAAACCGAAAGGUUGGCAGAAGACGAAGAUAGGAAAGAUGCAGAACAUCUUUUCUGAAUCUGAUCACAAAGGAUUUCCUGGCGAUGCACUUAAUGUUUCAAGCGAAGAGAAUUUCUCCAAAUUCUCACCUGUUGGAGAUAGAGGGGAUGGUCAGUAUGCCGAUACGAAUUCAAAUGCGAAUGAAAUGUUGGUUGACCAAGAGAGCAGAGUUACUUCUCAGAUUGGUGUAGAUAACUUUAGUCAUGAAGAUCUGAACGGUUCCAGUUUAAACAGCUCCGACAGUAGUCACUCUGGAGCUCUUUGGGAUGUCUUUCGGAGGCAGGAUGUGCCGAUGCUUAUCGACUAUCUAAGAUGUCAUUGGAAGAAACAUGGAGAUUUGGACCAUCUAACGGAUGAUUCUGUGCCCAGUCCUCUCUACGGUGGAGUAGUAUAUCUGAAUGAGCAUCAUAAGAGAAAGUUGAAAGAGUUAUUUGGAAUUGAGCCUUGGUCGUUUGAACAGCAUUUAGGCGAAGCGAUUUUCAUUCCUGCUGGGUGUCCUUUCCAAGUGAGGAAUCUUCAGUCCACUGUCCAAUUGGGCCUUGAUUUUCUUUCUCCAGAAAGUUUAUGUGAGGCUGUUAGAAUGGCUGAAGAAAUCCGUGGCCUUCCUAAUACUCAUGAUGCGAAGCUACAAAUGUUGGAGGUGGGAAAGAUAUCACUCUAUGCAGCAAGCUCGGCCAUCAAAGAAGUUCAGAAGUUGGUUCUGGAUCCUAAAGUUGGUCCCGAGCUUGGAUUUGAGGAUCCCAAUUUGACCGCAUUGGUUUCAGAGAAUUUGGAGAAGAUGACGAAGAGACGUCAGGUACCUUGCACAUAAACCAGUUCACUGAGGUUUGUAUCUAAGUAUCUCUGAAUUCUUAUGUACAGAAGAAACAGCAAAACCCCUAGGGAAUUUGCAUUUGAGUACUUGGUUUUGUUCUGCUAAAUGCUAGCAUGCUCUCAGGGGAUGUGCAUUGUUACUGCUCACUUUUGUUCUCCCAUAUCAUAGGUUGCACGUGGUUGUGUAGCCUGUCAUAUCUUUUGUCUUAUGAAGAAAUCAACAGCUGUGUACUUCCAUAGUCUUGUAGUAAAAGAUAUCAAUAGGUCUUAUUGUAAUUGUAAUUUCAUAGGAGGAAUGAACGCUUAUAGUCUACAGCAACAUCAAUUCAAAAUGUUAUUUUUUGAUAGCUAAUCAAGGUAACAAUCCCAUAUAGCCUUCAUAUGAUUGAUUAUAUAAAGCUUCUUUUCGUUGUUUA